UGGCGGCUUUUCAUCGUUGCAAAUACACACCGCCAUUAGCGAAAAAUCAAGCCUCGCUCUAAAACGAGGUGUUUGCUAAUAUUAUUUCCCAAGAACCUGUGGUCCUGUCGGUUGACCUCUUUGCCAUCAGGAUAAGCCGGUGCGCGUACAAGGACUCGGAAUGGCUUCAAUCGCGAAAAAGGUAAAGAAAUCGGAUGACGCGCUGGAGGACGAAUCCGAAGCACUGGAAGCAAUUGAUAAUUGCCAGAACGAAAUUGAUGCGUUGAACGAAAAGGCCAGCGAGGAGAUUCUGAAAGUGGAGCAAAAGUACAACAAUUUGCGGAAGCCGUUCUUUCAAAAGAGAAACGAAAUCAUCCAGCGGAUUCCCAGCUUCUGGGUGACAGCGAUCGUGAAUCACCCCCAGAUAUCCGGAAUCCUCGAGGAAGAAGAGGAAGAGUGCUUACAGUUUAUGCAGAAGCUGGAUGUGGAGGAGUUUGAGGACAUUAAGAGCGGCUACCGCAUCCACUUUCACUUUGAUGAGGAGAACCCGUACUUUGAGAACAAAGUCUUGACGAAGGAAUUCAACCUGGGAUCGAGCGGGGAAACGCCAGUCUCGAUGAGCACCGCCAUCAAGUGGAAGCGGGAUUUGACCAAGAUGCUGCCGAAGAAGGCGAUGGCUAACCGGCGCAAGCGGGGUCUCGAGUACCGGACGUUCUUCGACUGGUUCACGGACAACAACGACCCGAUCAACGACGACAUCGCCGAGCUGAUCAAGGACGAUCUGUGGCCGAACCCGUUGCAGUACUACCUGGUGCCGGACAUUGAGGUCGAGCCGGAAGCGGAAGAGGAUGGCGCCGAUGACGAUUUUGGGGACGAGGGUGAGGAGGAGGAGGACGAAAUAGAGGAUGAGGAGGAGGAAGCCUAGGAAGGGGGGGUGGGCGCGCAUAUUCGAUGUAAAAUGUUUGUUUAAUUCUGUAGAGUUGCACCCAAUGACUGUGUUUGACUAGUAGAGCAGGAACCGUAACCUACGGUGGAAAUAACCUCAAUAAAAUUAUACAUUCUGGUAUGCCUACAA